AUGGAGUACAUGAUAGGAGCAGCGGCUAUUGGCCGAGCGUGGAGUGCGUAUUUUGAUUCCAUGAUACAUGAUAAAGUUAGACAUUGGAUAGUGGACAAUGUUGGACCAAUAAAAAUCCAAGGACUUGGCAGCUACCCUGAUUUUUUAUCAGUGGGGAUUAUUUUGAUCCUAAUGACUAUUCAGCUGUUCGGCGUUAAAAAAUCGACCGUGUUUAUAUUCGGUGUGACAUGCAUAAACGUCGUUGUCAUCGUCUUUAUCAUCGUCAUGGGUGUCAUUCUAGCCAGACCGGAGUAUUGGUCAGACUUUAUGCCUUACGGUCCAUCGGGAGUUCUCGCGGGCUCGGCUACUGCAUUUUUCGCUUUCGUUGGCUUCGAUGUUAUUGCAACAGCAGGCGAAGAAGCAAAGAACCCGAGUAGGACAAUUCCUUUAUCCAUUUUAUUGGCAUUAACUGUUUGUUUCUUGGCGUAUUUCGGUGUUUCUGCUGCGGUCACUUUAAUUUGGCCAUACAACAAGUUGGAUUAUGGGGCGGCCUUACCAAAAGCCUUUGAGCACCGUGGUGCUUACUUUGCUAAAUACAUUAUCGCGGUGGGAGCACUUUGCGGAAUGACAGCCGCUAUCAAUGGCGGACUUUUCCCACUACCACGUCUGCUUUACGCCAUGGCCUCGGACGGACUUAUUUUCAAAAGUUUCGCACGCGUCAGUAAGACCACCGAGGUGCCCGUUAUUGGGACGCUUUUUUCAGGGAUUCUCGCGGGAUUUCUAGCAAUGAUCUUUGAACUGCAGGCCCUUGUAGAGAUGAUGUCAAUAGGAACUCUCCAAGCGUACACUAUCGUCUCCACUUCAGUGCUUAUUCUUCGAUAUCAACCGGGAACAAUCGGCUUCGUGAAAAUCACCGAGGACGCCGCGAAAACGAAAACCGAACCCUCUAGUCCUGUUUGGGAGCCAACUGUGCGAUCAGGGAACAUUUCAAAAUGCGUGAUCUGGUUCUUGUUCUUUUAUUUCUUUUGUUUUAGUGCAUUUUUGAUCAAUGGGCUCAUUCCAAUGUACCAAGGCAAGGCAUGGGCCAUUAUACUAGCAGUUAUAUUGAUUCUUAUUUUUAUAGCCUCAAUCGUUGUGUUGAGCAUGUUGCCCAAGAGUUUAACGCCAUUGCCUUUUAAGGUACCGCUUGUUCCUUUCCUUCCUCUUGCUUCGAUGUUUAUUAACAUUUAUCUCAUGAUGGAGCUUAAUCCGGCCACGUGGCUUCGAUUCGCGGUGUGGAUGGCUAUUGGUGAGAUACUUAUUACUGCAGCUGUUCGUAAUGUUUAUUUACCCUGGUAUACUACCAGCUAGAAUUGGCCAAAUUUAAAACCAAAUUUUUUUAAAAAUUCAAAUUUCGCCUUGUAUACUAUUGUAAGAGGACGAGAGAAAACUUGUAUCACGGCAGUCCAGUUCAUGUUGUUUAAUUUUGCCAAUUACUCUCCCUCAGUUGUUAUGGAACUUGAAGUAAGCAAAGGAAUUACAUGUAAAUGACAAAAUCAUAGAUCCGAAACAAACAAAUAUGUCUCCUGAGCAUUAUUUUUGAAGUUUGCAAGCACCAGUGAUCAACUUUGAAAACUGUUAGACUGAACAAUUUUCAAAAAUCCUGAUUUCAAUCCGUUUCAAUCUUCUUCAGUUUUGCUCAUCCCAGGCGUCUGUUGUUUCUGUUAUGUUAUUUUAACCUUCCUUUGAAGUUUUAAGCGGUUAUUUUCAUGUUUCUCUUAAUUUAACGGGCAUUUUUUAACUCCUACUUUGGCUGAAUUUCGUGACACAGCUCCUUUAAACAGUGCUAAAGACAAUCCCGUCCUCAGAGCUUUUCUUGUUGUGCCAAAGAAUGGCCGCAAUGUAGGAUUGACAUUCUGUCCACAGACCAAAUAAUUAAAAAUUUAUACAAAGCAAUAAGACUAUCCAAAGGAAGUAAAAAGUAUCAUGUUAAAUCAUUAUUUAAGGGGUCUCAUGUGAAUGGUCACAGCAUAGGAUUUUGUCCAGAGAAUUGAGAAGUAGAACUGCAUACUAAGUGAAUAGUAACAUGUGGAAGUACUGCUGGAGAGACUUCAGUUGAACGGUAAAACCAUAGGAUUUUGUCUAGGGACUUGAAAAGUAGAACUACAUACGAAAUAAAUAGUAGCAUGUCAAACUGCUGCAGAUUAGGAAUUAGGUUUUAUUUGAAUAGUCACGUCAUAGGAUACCAGAAUUAGAACUGCGUUACGAUGUCUUCAUCAUUUUCUCCCGGAGUGAAAGCGAUAAACUUCAUGAGCCAGUAAAUUAUAUACUUUGAUAACCUGCAAAACCUGCAUCCGUCACGGCUUGGCAGUGGAAAUCGUACCCUUCUAUCCUGUUACACUCAUGACUAGAAUGGCAAUCAGUUCGUAGUUGUGUCAGAGAUGAAUUUAUCAUGCCAGUUUACUGCCUACAGUUUAAACAGCUUUUACAUUCUCUAGGUAAUUUCCAUUUGAGACCGGUAAACGGCUUCGUCGUCUUUGCUAAUUAUUGGACGAUCUGCAUCAUCCGUGCUGUAGUUAUUCGACGAUUAGAGCAAAUCUUUCAUGUGGUCAGGUCCCGCGCGUUACAAAAAAUUAGGCGGGAAAUUUAAGCCAAUCACAAACGUAGAAAUAUUUUGAUUGGAUGUGAAAGAUUACAACCUUGGUCUUGAUAAAUUCGAAGUUAACUUAUUUUUUUCUUUUUGUUGUAGGUUUGGCAAUUUAUUUAUUUUAUGGUCUGAGGCAUAGCGUGGAAGGAAAGCGCCAAAAAGAACAAGAAGGCUAUGUACCUUUAGAACAAAUGGACGCGAAAAGCGAGGAAAAUAAAGCACCGGAUGGUGAAGAAUAACUCAUCAUUGCAUAUGAAUUAGUAAUUAAAUAUGAAUAUAAGAGAUGAUACCGUAAAAUUCCGAAAAUAAGCCCCGGGGCUAAUAUUUUUCAAAGGCCCUUUUUGAGGGGCUUAUUUUGGAGGUGCUUGUAUUCGGAGGGGCUUAUCUAUGGAGGGAAAUUUGCUUUUGAAAAUUGAUUGGGCUAGCCUUAUCGUUGGAAGUGCAUUUACCGUUAUUGCUUUAUUUUAGUUUGUAUUUAAGGGCAAUUUCCAAGUACAAGCCCCCCCCCCCCCGGGGGGGGGGCUUAUAUUUGGAGGGGCGAUUUAAGGGACGGUUUUUUGCGUUACGAGUUUGGGGGGCUUAUAUUUGGAGGGCUUAUACAUGGAGGGGCUUAUUUUCGGAAUUUUACGGUAUAUCGACAGUAUAGAUUAACAUUAGUGUGGAAAUAUAAUGUUUUAAACCGAUAUUUGACUUGUCUGAAAGGACAUGGUCAAGAAUUAUUUCUACAAUUUAACCCAUUUCCUGGAAAUUUGACUAAUAUAAUCAAUUACUUUGAAUUUGAAAUUACAAAGCAAAAAAAAAAGGACAUGACUGUGACCCCGUACUAACCAUCCUUAAUGGCAAAGUUAAUUUCAAGCUUGCCCUUCCUUCCGGGCAUUUAUGGGACAUUCGUCUUUUUUCUUUGAAAAGCUGACGAAAUGAACUCUUCUCUGAUAAGCUUGUGCUUACGUACUUUGAGCCUUUGUAUGGGUACCUAAGGACGUCGAUUUUGUGGCGCGUUUUCCAUCAAAUCGUCGGUAUUUCGGGCCAAAUCGUCGCGUAUUAAGAAUUGUUUUGCGUGAUAAAGUUACUAGCGAGCUCAGCCCAACCACAAUCAAGAUGGAAACGAAAAAAUAAGCAAAACAAAAACUCUGAACGUGCAACACACUUCUUUUUGCAGAUUUCUUUGCCAUCUGCCAAACUUUAUUAUAAUCGCUACACGAUCUAAGAUCUAAGAUCGUUGCUUCAUCAAUGGCGAUCUUCGAGACGUUAUGUCGGAAAUACCCAUACAGAGGCUCUACUUUCCAUAUGCGUUUUCGCUUGAAAUCGUUUACAUUUCGAUGUGUUAACGCCUUCCGUCCACACUAAUACGCUGAGCAUUUUCAUCGAAAACGCAUCGAUUUGAAAACGGUCUUGAAAGUGGAACAAAACGAAAACGCAUACAUGUUGUAUUAAUGUGAAUGGUUGAAAACGGUCGAAAACAAAUCAAAAUGAAAACGAUGACCGAAAAUAUCGCAGACGCGUCUGUUUGUAACAUGUGCAUAGACUUCAACUUACGUCACAAAGUGCAAUUCAAUUGUUUUCGAACGUUUUAUUGAGGAAAGUCGAAAACGCAUCAAAACAGUAGUGAAGACGCGACUCGAUGACAACGAAAACGCAUACUUUUGAAAACGCAUUUGUUUCGAAAGGGCCUUAGUUUACCGUCACUAAAUUUUCAUGAUGUCAAUUCUCCCUUGGUCAUAUUUAUCGUUACGCCCCGUUACAUUAGCCUUACUUUACUUCUCCGUCUACUUCCUUAAUUUAUGCUAGUUACUUUCUAUGACUAGGUAGCCUAGGCUUGGUUUCUUCCGGGCUCCUAUUCCAGCUUAACGUUGUAGUUAUUAAAUUCUGUAAUUGAUUUGGUUAAAUAAAGAAUUGAGCUGAACC